AUGAGCGCCGGGCCGGUGCGGGAAGAGGACACUGCCGGUGCUGCGACGCAAAUAUCUCCUAGCUUGGCCUCAGAAUUUGAUAAAUCCAGUGGUGAUACCUUGACGCUGCUCGAGGUAGAGACAGGAGCGAGCAGUACUACUUGCAAGCAGUCCGACUGGUUCUACAAUGCCGACUCAUGGACCAUCAUCGAUAGUGUAUGUUUCGUUUAUCAGAUGGAGCUUUUUGAUCUCCCCGCCUUAAGGCAGUACAUGAAGACUGUUCAAGAUUGGCUUCGGAAAUGGAGCACCACGGGAUCAUGUCCUUUUAUCCAUCACUGCCUUUAUUCCCAAAGAUUCCCGGAUUGUAUGCAAGAUGCGUACAUGGCCUUGGCAGCCUACCUGGCUCGAACGCCAGAAAACUCUCAGAUGUGCUUCCGUAUAAUAAGGGACCGCGCAGAGAAGCUUAUCGACCAGUCGAGCCUCUCCGAGUCCAGUAUUGAAGCCACGUCCGGGAUCGCCAUUUCUUCCCUCGACCCGUUCGACCAUCUCGCCCGAGUACAAGCGCUUCUUAUCUACCAGGUGAUAGGGUACUUUGACGGUGAUAUUACUCUGCGUGGAAUGGCCGAGCGGCAUGCACCCAAGGUGUUACAUUGGACAAAUGAAAUGUGGAAGUGCAUCAAACUCGAAUCGAGUCUCUAUUCCACGGCCCACAGCGUCGGAACAGAUAGCGAUGACAGUCUGGUGGCAGCGAACAAUGCCGGCCUAGAGUCCAUGGACUGGCGCCACUGGAUUGUUUGUGAGAGCAUUCGCCGAACCUGGAUAGUGGCGACUACUACGCAGUCAAUCUACGAGGGUCUGAAGGAUAACUGGUCGGCCUGCUUAGGCGGAGGGAAGUUUACCCCUCGGGCAGGUGCCUGGGACGCCGUCGAUGCUUACUCCUGGGGCCAGCGGGUUGCUCCUAGCUCUGUCCCUCUCCUGACAUCAAAUGUCACAGCAGAUGUUCUAUUUGAGACCGCGAGGCCUGAGGAUGUCGAUGAUUUCAGCCAUGCCAUUCUGGGAUCUUGUUAUGGCUCUGAAAAGGUCGCGAGGUGGAAGGCAGCAGCCGCCAAGGAGUAG